AUGCGUAUUCGAGUUUUCACAGAUAAUUUCUGGUCAGUUGCAUUCUUUUGUUCAUUUAUAACUGGAUUCAUUAUCAUUGUCUCUUGUUUAACAAAACGUCGUCGUCGUUAUUUUCGUCAUCAUCGUCUUGUCGAUGAUGUACAUCAUUUAUGGCCAUUUGAUGAAUAUCUAAUACAACCAACUUUAUGUAACGUUUGUUCAUCAACUUUAUUAACCGGUUUUCAUUGUUUAUCAUGCGGAAUUUAUUUACAUGAACAUUGUGUACGUGCUGCUCGACGUCUUUUUCAUUGUAAACAUAUGACAAGCGAACAAGAACAAAUACAACAUCAAUGGACUCGAGGUAAUUUACCAUUAGAUUCUGAAUGUAUUGUUUGUCGACGACCAUGUGGAGCUGAACCAAGACUAUGUGACUAUCGAUGUAUAUGGUGUCAACGUAUUGUACAUGACUCAUGCAUGAGAGCAUUACCUAUUGAAUGCGAUUUUGGUGAAUUUCGACGUUUGAUUAUACCACCUAAUGCUGUUGUUUCACGUACUGGAAAUAAAAAAAUUGUCGGAUAUGCUCAUUCAGUAGUCGAACGUAUUUUACCAUGUAGUAUUAGUGAUUGGUGUCCAUUGCUGGUUAUUGGUAAUAGAAAAUCAGGUGGAGCUAAUAUUGAUCUUGUUCUUAAUUCAUUUCGAACCUACUUAAAUUCUGUACAAGUUAUUGAUAUUUCAACAAUUUCACCUGCUUCAAUUCUUGAAUGGUGUAAUUCACUUCCAAAUAUUGGAUUUUAUAUUCUUGUAUGUGGUGGUGAUGGAACAGUUAAUUGGAUUUUAGAAACUAUUGAAAAUACAACACCAGGAAUAAAACCUGCUGUUGGUAUUCUUCCAAUGGGUACAGGCAAUGAUUUAGCUCGUAUUUUAGAAUGGGGUGAUGGAGAAGAUUCAGCUGUUGAUGUUAGUGAGUAUUUAAAAAAAUUAAUGAGUGCUAAAGUUGUUGCUCUUGAUCGAUGGGCAGUAGAUAUUUGUGCAAAUGCCCGACAUUUUGGAGUAGCAACAGCCAGUGCACGUCAUAUGCGUAUGUCAAAUUAUUUUUCAGUUGGUUGUGAUGCAUUGGUUACACUCAAUUUCCAUCGUCGUCGUGAUAAAAUACCAGAAUUUUUUGCUAGCCGUUUUGUUAAUAAAUUACAUUAUUUUCAUUAUGGAACAGUAGAUACUUUUUUGAAAGAAUGCAAAGAUCUACAAAACAGUGUUAUUCUUGAAAUGGAUGGACGAGUUAUUGAAAAUCUUCCAGCAUUAGAAGGUAUUUGUAUAUUAAAUAUCCCAUCAUGGGGUGCAGGUGUUCGUGUUUGGGGAACAGGUGAAAAUAUUCCAGUUCAAGAAAUUGAUGACGGUUUGGUGGAAGUUUUUGGAAUUUAUAGUUCAUUUCAUAUAGCACAAAUGCAAGUUGGCCUUGCUGAUCCAUUCCGUAUAGGACAAGCUCGUCGAGUUAAAUUAACACUUAAACGUCGUUUUCCUUGUCAAUGUGAUGGAGAACCAUUUGAAGAAGGCCCAUGCGUUCAAAAGACAAUGACAGAAACAGAUAUUAAACAACCGAAAUCGGUCUCUUUUUUGUGUUCAAUUCGUGUCGCAGUUGCCUUUGUUGGUUUUCUUGGUAUGGUUGCACAUUAUUCACAAAAGAUUAGUCUUGGAAUGGCUCUUGUGUGUAUGGUCAAUCAUUCAUCGAUUGAACAACAUAAAACUUCUAUUGAUAUGCCUCUUACACAGGCUGACAUUGAUUGUCCACGUCUAAAUAAUACUGUUGCAAUUGAGGGUCCGUAUCCUUGGACAAAAAAUAUUCAAGGUAUCGUGUUAGGUGGAUAUUUUUGGGGAUAUUUGAUUACUGAAAUACCUGGUGGAUAUUUGGCUGGUCGCUAUGGUGCUCGACUUAUAUUUGGUGGAGCUAUGAUUGUAGCUGGUGUUUUUUCAAUAGCUAUUCCUUGGGGUGCUAAUUUACAUUGGGGUAUAGUAUGGUUUCUACGAUUAAUUGUUGGAUUGGCACAUGGUGUUAUAUGGCCUUGUAUGGCUGUUAUUAUGUCACGUUGGGCACCACCUGAUGAAAGGGGAAAACUUCUCGGUUUUAUGAAUGCUGGUGCUCAAAUUGGUAAUGUUCUAGCAUUAUCUGUUGGUGGUCUUAUGUGUUCAUGGAGUUUUAUUGGUGGUUGGCCAUUAAUUUUUUAUUCUACAGGUGUUAUGGGUUUUGUUUGGGGUAUUUUUUGGAUUUUCUUCUAUGCUGAUUCACCUCAAGAUCAACGUUGUAUUAGUACUCAAGAAAAACAUUAUAUACUGGAUUCUACACAAGAACAAUUAUCACAUAGUGAUGAAAAUGAAUUUGAAGCUCCAUGGAAAGAUAUUUUAACAUCACCUGUUUGUUGGGCACUUUUUAUUAUUCAUACGUGUAAUAAUUGGGGUACAUACACAUUUCUUACAUCGAUUCCAAAAUAUAUGUCGGAAGUAUUAAGAUUCGAUAUUAAAUCUAAUGGACUUCUUUCAUCGUUACCAUACCUUAUGUUCUGGCUGAAUAUAAAUAUAUCUGGUGCAGUAGCUGAUAGUCUUAUUCGAAAAGGCACUUUAUCAAGGACAGGAACAAGAAAAUUAUUUAAUGUAUUAGGAAAUUUACUUCCAGCAAUAUUUGUUAUUGGAUUAGCAUUCAUGACAUGUAAAAUUAAAUAUAUUGCUGUAGCUUUAUUAACAAUUGGUGUUACUUUUACUGGAUGUUGUUAUGGUGGAGGAUUUUUACUUACAUCAAAUGAUAUUGCUCCACCUUAUGCAGGAAUCAUCUUUGGUAUAUCGAAUACGUUUGCUACGUUACCAGGUGUUUUAAGUCCAUAUGUUGUCGGUGCUCUUACUGGAAAAGAUCCAAACAAUUGGCGUUAUGUCUUUUUCAUUUGUGCAGCUAUCUAUAUAAUUGGUAUGCUUGUGUUCUUAUUCAUUGGCUCAGGUGAAGUACAACCAUGGGCAAAAAAACGUCCUCAUGGUCCAACUACACCAGAAGAAACACCUCUAUCAGAACCCACUGGCGUCUUCAUAUCAAAAGAAUGA